CUCUUGUUGAUGGUUCCAUGUGGCGGUAGUGUCUCUCUUCCAUUUUGGUUUAUGUCUUUUCCGCCACACUUACCAUCAUGAGUCGCGUUAGGACUAAGACGAUCAAGAAGGCUGCGAAGCUUAUAAUCGAGAAAUAUUACACUCGAUUAACCAUGGAUUUCCACACGAAUAAAAGGAUAUGUGAAGAAAUUGCUAUUAUUCCAAGUAAAUCUCUGCGAAACAAAAUCGCUGGAUUUGUUACACACUUGAUGAAGCGUCUUAGACACAGUCAGGUUCGUGGCAUUUCCAUCAAACUGCAAGAAGAGGAGCGUGAACGCAGAGACAACUAUGUUCCUGAAGUCUCUGCUCUAGAACACGAUAUCAUCGAAGUUGACCCAGAAACUAAGGAAAUGUUACAGAUGCUUGGAUUCAAUAAUAUCCCUGGUCUUCAACUAACUCAAUCUCAACUACAGCCAUAUAGCAGACGUUCUUAAAAUAUUUGUAUUAAAUAAGACUGUUGGCAUUGCAUUUUUUAAUAAAACUGCAAGCUGACUUUCUAAACA